AUGCGCCUACGCUCACAUGGUAGAGUGCCCUCAACACCUCGCAGACGCGAUGGAGGUAUUCGCAAGGAACACCCCACCCCGAAGCGUUCGCAAGCAAUCAUACUACAUCAGAUUGCAGUGCCUAGACACGAGAUAUUCGACCUUACAGACAUCCCUAGACGCACACAGCAAUAUCAGAAGAGCAAGGGACUGUCAGAGCGAAGAAUGAAGACCCGGAGGGGGGCUCAAAGGGCCAUAUCAACGAGGACAUUGAGGAAGAUUAUAGCAUGGGUUUCUGAGUCCUUUGAACACCGCACAGUGAAGUGGCAAGAGCUGAAGGAUCACUUCCACCUUGGGUGCAAUGAACGGACGCUGAGGAAUACAAUGCAUGCCGCUGGAUACCACAAAUGCAAGGCCUGUCAAAAGAGCUAUCUGAGGGCUGCUAAUGUCGACAAGAGGAAGGCGUUCUGUGCCACACGACUGUUUCUCACACUGGACUAUUGGAAGAGCGUUCGCUUCACAGACGAGGUGCACUUCUGUGUUGAGGCCAGACGCGCUGCAAUGGUCAUUCGCAACCACGAGGAGCGUGAGUGCGAGACCUGCAUUCAAUUCAACAAGCGCAACACGACGUCUGUAUUCCACUGCUGGGCAAUGGUCGGCUGGGACUUCAAGAGCGAGCUCGUUUUCUACAACAAGGGCGGCAAUCUAACACAGCAGCAAUACCUCUACCGCAUCUUCAAGCCUCACAUUGAGCCCGUAUGGCGACAACACGUCGCAGAUCAGCUUCCAUUCAUUCUCGAGGAAGAUAACGACGGUUCUCAUGGCACGCGGUCAACUGACAACGACGUGCACCGCUACAAGAUGUCGUUGCAAGGCUUCCUUUGGUAUGCGAAUUCACCGCAAUCCCCUGACCUCUCAGUGAUUGAGAACGUGUGGCGAAUCCUCAAGCAACGAGUCAAAAGCAGAGAGCCUACAACAAAGGAUGAAUUGAGGUGCUAUAUCAUCGAAGAAUGGGCCAAUAUAACACAGGAUGAGAUCAACAAACUGGUGUUAACGAUGCCUCAAAGGAUUCACGACUGCUUUUACAACGACGGCUUGCACACCAGCUUCUGA